CUGUUCACGGUGGCGGUGGACGCCAUUAACCACCUCAGCGGGGUGGAGGCUCCGGUGGGGGAGAAAGGCGGGGGCUUCGACAUGAAGGCUCUGAGGGCCUUCAGAGUCCUGCGGCCCCUCAGACUGGUCUCCGGGGUCCCCAGCCUCCAGGUGGUGAUGAACUCCAUCCUGAAGUCCAUGCUGCCUCUGUUCCACAUCACCUUACUGGUCCUGUUCAUGGUCACCAUUUACUCCAUCAUGGGGCUGGAGCUCUUCAAGUGCAAAAUGCACAAGACCUGCUACCACACGGGCACAAAUAUCAUCGCCACGGUGGACAAUGAGAAACCGUCCCCCUGUGCCCAGGCGGGAAACGGCCGGCGCUGCACCAUAAACGGAACCGAGUGCCGGGCGGGGUGGCCGGGUCCAAACGGGGGAAUUACUCACUUCGACAACCUGGGUUUCUCCAUGCUCACCGUCUACCAGUGUAUCACCACUCAGGGGUGGACGGACGUGCUCUACUGGGUCAACGAUGCAAUCGGGAUGGAAUGGCCAUGGAUCUUUUUCACUACUCUGAUCCUUGUUGGCUCUUUUUUCGUGCUUAACCUGGUUCUUGGUGUUCUCAGUGGAGAGUUCACAAAAGAGCGCGAGAAGGCCAAAUCCAGAGGAGAAUUUCAGAAACUGAGGGAAACCCAGCAGCUGGAUGAAGACCUCAAGGGCUACAUGGAGUGGAUAUCGCAGGCCGAGGUCUUAGAUAAUGAUCAAGAGAGACAAGGCUUGCUGACGAUGGAGAAUGGAGGCUCUGAUACUGGAAGUGUUGGCAAAAUGGACACCAUGCAGCUGAUCAUCCACUACUAUAAAUUGGCCCGUAAGUGGAACCGGUGGCUCCGCUGUAAAUGCAGAGUCUACGUGAAAUCUAAACUAUUCCGCUGGUGGGUGAUCAUCCUGGUCUUCCUCAACACGCUCGCCAUAGCAACGGAGCACCACAAACAGUCCGAGAGCCUCACCAACUGGCAAGAGACCGGGAACAAGCUGCUGCUGUCCAUGUUCUCCCUGGAGAUGUUCACUAAGAUGUACGCCCUGGGCCUGCCCUCCUACUUCCUGUCCCUGUUUAACCGGUUCGACUGCUUCGUGGUGUCCACGGGCAUCAUGGAGCUGGUGCUGGUGCACAUGGGGGUGAUGUCCGUGAUGGGAAUCUCCGUGCUGCGCUGCAUCCGCCUGCUGCGCCUGCUAAAAGUCACCAGUAACCUGGUGGUCUCCCUGCUGAACUCGGUGCGCUCCAUCGCCUGCCUGCUGCUGCUCCUCUUCCUCUUCAUCGUUAUCUUCUCCCUGCUGGGGAUGCAGGUGUUCGGGGGAAAGUUCAACUUCCCCAACCACCCAAAGCCCCGCAGCACCUUCGAUAGCUUCCCCCAGGCCCUCAUCACCGUGUUCCAGAUCCUGACUGGUGAGGACUGGAACUCUGUGAUGUAUGAUGGUAUUAUGGCUCACGGGGGACCGACUAUGCCCGGGAUAUUAGUCAGCAUCUACUUUAUCAUCCUGUUUGUCUGUGGAAACUUCAUUCUCCUGAACGUGUUCCUGGCCAUUGCUGUUGAUAAUCUGGCGGAGGCCGAGUCUUUGACUUUAGCUCAGAAAGAGAAAGCCGAGGAGAAAAAACGGAAGAAAGCAAUCAGGUAUGAACUAUCCUCCACUAUCUAUGGUUCCCAUCAGUCAGAGGAGGAAGAGGAGGGAGAGGAAGAGGAAGAGGAGGAGGAGGAAGAGGAAGGAGAGGAAGAGGAGGGAGAGGAAGAGGAUGGAGAGGAGAAAGAGGAAGAAGAGGAGAAAGAGGAAGAGGAGGGAGAGGAGGAGGAAGAGGAGGGAGAGGAGGAGGAGGAGGAGGAAGAGGAGGAAGAGGAGGAGGAGGAAGAAGAGGAGCGAGAGGAAGAGGAACAGGAGGAAGAGGAGGAAGAGGAAGAAGAGGAAGAAGAGGAGCGAGAGGAAGAAGAUAGAGAGGAAGAGGAGCAGGGAGAGGAGGAGGAGGCCUCAGGUUAA